UUGUAUUAUGCAGUGCGCAUGUCAGUGCGUGCCUGGCGACAACUUCACGCUCUCUAGUCAAACAGAGCACAGUGUAAUAUUAAAAUGCCUGGGAAAAAGAAAAGCUUGAAGAAAAAAAAGAAAACAGCAUCCACUUCACAGAAAAAAUCACAUGAUGAAGAAAAGGCAGAUGGCGUUGAGAAUGUCGAUGCAUCCACUCUUAUGUCUGCCACAGAGACACCUGGUAAUGCUACCAAGCGUAAGAAAAAAGGAAAGAAGAGGACUCCAAGGCUAUCCAGAUCUGAAAAAGCAUUAGAAAAACUUGAGAAAGCUACAGAGAAACUAAAGGAAGACCAUAUAUUCUAUGAUCGAUUUAUCAACCGGAUGCACCGCUGGUUAAUUGACAUAGCCCCAAAGGCUAUGGAACUUUUUAAAAAGAUAGAUAUGGAGGGAGAGGGUGCAGUAACUACUGAUGAAUUUAAGUCAGGCAUGUUUGAUCUACAUGUGCCUCUCACACGUGUAGAACUUCAUCUUCUGACACGUCUGUUGGAUGCUGACAAUUCAGGUGAAGUUGACUAUACCCAGCUGGAUCGAGGACUUGAGUUAGCCAGGGAGACAUACACCAUCCAACGAGAUACAGAGGCUGAGAGUGAAAUGCUAGUGUUGACUAGACGCAAAUUCCCGUCUUGUCCUUGUUGUAAAAUGAGCAUUGUGGAGCCAAACCAAGAACCUUAUCCAAAAUUUAUCGCCCUUGAGUUGCGAAUGGUAACUUUUGAUGGGGCAAAAGACUAUCCAGGACACUUUGAAGUCCUUGUUCACUCACAUAUCCUAGUGUGUGGCCUCAUCCAGAUCAUUAUUGAAGAAACACAAAUCGCAUCCACCAAACUUGCAAUAUUUCGUGACCGCACACGAAGCCGGGAAUCACUUCUGCCACCACAUCUGACCCUGCGGGAAUGUGGAUUCAUUGGUGAUUCUCAGAACACCCCUGAAGAGAGUGUACUGUUUUAUGACUAUACUGUGGAGUUCACAGACUGCCCAAUAUUGAUGUGUGAUCAUUAUUUUGGGAAGAAAGCCUGAAAUCUGAUAAAAAUUAAUCAUGUCUAUCUUUAUAAGUUUUAUUUUAGCUUCAUGUGUUUUAAUUCAUAUGUAGUUUUCUUUGUCAUAUGUUUAUUUUUUUACCUGUGCUUCACUGUUUAAUUAUGAGUCCUGAUGAGUUUUGGGAAUUUGAUGUCACCACCAAUGAGACAGUUUCACACUAAACACUAAUACCACAUAUCAUACCUGAAAGUAUCAAAUAUUGAAACCACUGUGAACAAGAAAACAAAAACAUCAUGUCUAUAAUGUGAACAUUACAGUGAAUCUUUACUUUAAGGCACUGCAAGCUAUCAAACUAUCAAAUCAUUUUAGGAGGAUGCAUCUAUUAAACCUAAUAAAUUUGACAGUGUUACUGCACUAAUAUUGUUUUCAAACAGCUUUUAGACCAAUUAAGAUGCCUGGAUAACAGAAGAGGAAGUGGAAAAUUAAUCUGGAAAGUCAUCAUUACUAUAGAAUUAUUAAAAUUAAUAAAGUAUCUUCAACUAUCGUCUGCAGUCUUUGUGCACUAAGCAGAAAUGCUCUAGUACAUUGUGUUGGGUCAAUGAUGAUAAUAUGUGGGCAUAGUGGCGGUGAUGCAAUAUAUGUCAGUUAUAAAAUAAACGUGCAUCAUUCCAGAUGUCUAAUUCUG